UUGUCAAAUCCAUCUGUCACUGUCACAUGAAUAUUCUUCGAAAAAGUUUGUUUCUUCAAAAACAUUUAACUUUGUUUUGUUCAAAUAAGAACUGUAACAGUAUUACAUUAUAUACUUAAAACGUAUUUUAAGAGAAAUGAAAUGUUAUGUACCAGGUCCCAACGUAAAAGUUUUAGGAAGAACUAUACAUGCAUUAGCAAGAUUCGGAGAUGAACUUUAUUUGGAAUCCCUUGUUGAUUGUAUUCGAUUAAGAACACUAAACUCAGCAGAGUCGGCUUACGCUAUGGUUAAAUUUAAUAAAAAUUUCUUUUCAUAUUUUAACCACAAUUAUAACUCGAAUAGUGAUACUGAAGGUCCGAGAUGUAAAAUAUCGAUGAAGUCUGCUUUAAAUUCUUUUAAAUCACCAGCUCAUAUGGAUAAACAAGUUGAGAAUUUAGAAAUUAAACUAGACAUAGACCAGUGUAAGUUGAUUUUCCAGUUUAAAUGUAAACAUGGGAUAAUCAAAACACAUUAUGUAUCAAUAUUAGACAGUAAAGUAACACAAGCAGUUUACACAAAGGAUUUAGUUCCAAAUCGAAUAACAUCAUCACAAAGGAUACUUUCAGAAGCACUCGGUAACUUCCAGAGUUCCGAUGACCAGGUCACAUUAGAAGCAUUAUCUCAGUCAAUACUUUUACGAAAUUACAUUGAUGAUAAUAUUGAUUUAUCAAAAAUUAUACGAACACAGAUAAAUAUUAAAGCGGAGGAAUUUGACAGUUAUACAGUAGGAGAAGAAACCGCAGUAACAUUUACUAUGAAAGAAUUCAAAGCUUUGUUAACAUUCGCUGAAGCCCUCAGUUUACCUAUUCAAAUACAAUUUGAAACAACUGGGAAACCAAUUGUCUUUAUUGUCCACAAUGGUACAACAUUAGAAGCACAUUUUGUGUUAGCAACAACUAAACCAGAUGUAUCCACACAAGUAUCAACACAGAAAACAUCAAUAGAAAGAAAUAAACGUAAAGACACAAGCCAUUUAUCAGAAUCGGCAAGUAAAAAACCACAUUUAGAUGACAUAUCUAAAUGUCUCGAUGAAGAUUCACAUCUUUUUAACUUUGUAGACAUUCCUAAUGAAGUUUUAAGCAAUAACUGUGAUAAUAGUGUUAUUGAAAAUAAUAAUUUAAUGGAUGUUAAAGAUUGUGAUGAUAUACCGGCGUCACCAACAUCUAAGACAGUGAUAAAAUCAAUGUUUAAACGAUGUUUUGAAAGCACAUUUGAUCCAAGAAGCAUACAAAGUGUUGUUUUAGCAGAUAACUCUGAUGGUGAAUAAAAUUUUGAUUAAACAUUAAUUUGUUAAUAGUUAGGUUUUAGAACUAUAAUU